UAGGUCCUCAGAAUAUAACGAUCGUCUCCUUCGAAUAGAACCCGCCGAACGGGAUUAGCAGCGGCGAACGGCGAGUACAGAAAUGGAAGGAGAAAUGAUGGAACUCGUCGAGCUCCGUUACUCGGAUCUCAUCCUAUUAUCUUCUGACAAAUCCGUUGAAUCAACCGAAGAAAAUCAACAGUUGGAAUCUAUAGCCAAAAUGGUAAUGGAAACCCUAGGGCCAAACGGUCCGGGCCUACUUGCCAUCACCGGAGUCCCCAGGACCUCAAGUCUCCGUCGAAGUUUACUUCCUUUAUCCCGGAAGCUCGCACUUCUCAACAAUGAAGAUCGCAAAAAGCUUCUUAAGGAACAUGAUUUGGGGAGUGAUGUUCCAUUGAAGAAUUUGGACAGAAUUGUGUCAUCAUUUGCAAAGAAAUUGAAGUAUGACGAAAGGUUUGAGAGUAAUUCUUGUAGAACAAUACAUCAUAGAGUUGUUGAAGGAGAGGACUGUUUAGAGGUUGAUCAUAUGGGAUUCAAGAAUUUAGGAUAUAUCUUUAAUGAGCUGGGGUACUGUAUGAUGGAGGUAGGGCUUCGUCUUGCACAGAUAUGUGAUAAAUUCGUUGGAGGACACGAUCUCGAGCAGAGCUUACUGGAAUCUGGCACGGCAAAAGGACGCCUUAUCCACUAUCAUUCCACAAUUGACAAUCGUAUCAUUAAAGAAUCAUCUAAUAGAAGUGUAAAGACGGGAGCCAAAAACAAAAUUCAAAUCAAGAGAAGUGAGGAAACAGGUUCUAAACGGAUGGGGAGUGAGGGUUGUGAUGAGGACGUGAGCGACUCUAUGUUGUGGCAGCAGUGGCAUUAUGACUAUGGCAUAUUCACUGUAUUAACAACGCCAAUGUUUAUAUUGUCAUCUGACAAUGAAGCACUAACAGAGGAAAAUAAUAAUUUGCGCCCCAUGCCUUGUGAGCGAGAAUCUCCUUCCCCUAGUGGACACACAUAUUUGCAGAUAUUUGAUCCCCGUAAAGAUCAGGUUUUUACGGUGAAGGCACCUCCCGAGAGUUUGAUAGUGCAGGUUGGGGAAGCGGCUGAUAUACUAUCCAAGGGGAAGCUCCGAGCAACACUUCAUAGUGUAUGCAGACCACCCGAACCUAAAAACUUGAGCAGGGAAACAUUUGUUGUCUUCUUGCAGCCGGCAUGGAGCAAAAAAUUAUAUCUGUCAGAUUACCCUCUUAAGCAGUUACACUCGGAUGAUCAAAGUUGCGGGUUCUGUACUGAGGAUGACCCCAGAGAAGAGCAGGAAUUGGAGAAACUAAGUCAGAAGAUUCGUAAUAUUGUCCCGUCACUUUCAUCAAGGCUAAAAGACGGGAUGACAUUUGCAGAUUUUUCUCGAGAAACUACCAAUCAGUACUACGGCAGUAAUGGCUUGCAAUCGAACAGAUAGCUCAAGGUUAAAACUCCUAUAAACUCAUGAAUUGUUGUCUCUCGUGCAUUUUAGUUCAAAAUGGUGCUUCAAUAGUCUGGGAAUUCAAGACUACAACACGUAUUGGACCAUCUCUCUUCAAGGGUUGCUCUCUGUUGCCACAUAGGAGUACAUGUUGAUUGAGGUAAAGACAAAAGGGAAGGGAUUUGUUGAAGUGCAGUAAUGAAGUGGACUUUUGGAGCAAUUUUACCAUUUGCGACAUACAGAGUAUUAAAGAAAAAUCCGCUUUUUAACUAGCCAAGUAGGUUGUGGAUUGUACAUGGCCUUGAUCACGUCUUUUUCAGUAACAAGAGGGAUCGGAUGGCUCAUAAGGAUUUGCGAUAAUGCAGUUCCUUGUAAAAUAGAGCACAAUCUAUGCUACAUUGAGGGUGAUUAUAACUAAAAGGGGCAAGCAUUCUUCAACCCAUGUAUAGUGAAUUAGUGAUCAAAGGAAUUGGGAUUGUGCAAUCUAUGUUACCUAAUGGUUAAAGCAGAGGGUUUUGACCUUUAAGGUCGAGGUUUCACCAAAUCGUACUUGGAGCUGAGUGAUUUUGUGUAAGGUAUAUUAGGAUGGGGUGUGGGGCCUUUGGAAUUGGGGAUUCAACCUUUUGGGAGAAGAAGAA